AUGUCGGAGCAAAACUGUAUAGAUCAUUCGGGUCCACGAACCAAGAAUGCGUCGCGAGGUCACCAGCUUCAAACUGACAAACCUGCUAAAGCGACACGGAUACGAGACAAUCAACGACGAUCACGCGCUCGGCGAAAAGAGCUCAUCAACGAAUUGCAGCGAAAGGUCCAGGAAUAUGAGAGGCAAGGCAUCGAGGCAUCUUUGCCGAUGCAGACGGGCGCCAGCGAGGUCGCCGCCGAGAACUCGCGUCUGCGCGCCUUACUCGCAAGCCGUGGGCUGUCAAAUGAGCAGGUCGACUCUCAUUUGAAGACUUUUGAUCAUGAUAAAGAGGGCUCAGCUGCGAGAUCUGCCACUACGACCAUGGUUGCCGUUUUCAAUACGGCUUACCCAGAUGAACCCUUGCGUACAAGACUACCUCUAGCUCGGGAACACUUAAGCAAGACGUUUCAGACACAAGCCGACAGCUGGGAACAAGGCAGUCUGGACGGGGGAAAGCUUGACAAGACGCUGCUGCCAUCGUUGCUCACAUUGACGCGUUACUCUGUCGUUCGACAGAGCUCGCCGCCGGACUGGCUUGCCCUUCUUCUCGAUGCCAGUCCCAAACACCCUAGUUAUAAACAGAGCUUGUCUUAUAGCACCUCAACCCACUGCACUGGCUGCCUCUAA